CAAAGAGACAUUAAGCUAGUUUGGUAUGUUUGGAUUGUCUCACGUCACCAUGGAGAUCAGGAAAGUGCAUCUGAAAUGCCCCGGGACAUUUUUACUGACCAUGAUGAUGUUCAAAUGGGGUAUAUUCUGUUCCGGGUCAUCUGAUUUGUGUGCAUCUUCUCCAUGUCAGAAUGGGGCGACAUGCGUAGAUACAAUGGAUGAUUACGUGUGUUUGUGUUCACGGGAAGGAGUACGGUAUAUGGGAAGGGACUGUGCGGAGCUGUACAACGGUUGUGUGUUUGCCGAAUGUGAAGGGUGUGUCGGUGAACCUGGCACAGACCACUACACUUGUCCAGAGGACAUCAAUGAGUGUGAAAGUGGGCCAUGUGUCGGUCCCCUCUCUGAUUGUGUGGACGAACUGAAUGGCUUCAAAUGCUUGUGCCCACCUGGUUUUGGAGGAGAGGAUUGCAGUCGUCGCAUCACGGACUGUGUUGAUGAACCCUGCCUCAACAAUGGCACCUGUAGACGUAUAGUGGAUGGAUUUGAAUGCACUUGUUCAGACGGUUUUCGUGGUGAGACCUGCGAAGAGGACCUGGAUGAGUGUGAUUCACAUCCCUGUCAGAACGGUGCAAUCUGUCUGGAUGGGGCCAACACGUAUCACUGCUUCUGCGUACCUGGAUACCAAGGACACAACUGUGAGAUUGACAUUAACGAGUGUGCAUCGAGACCUUGUAGGAAUAAUGGAACAUGUAUUAAUGGGAAAGACCGGUACCUGUGUGAAUGCCUGCUGGGAUAUACAGGAGUGAACUGUGAGAUGGAGAUUGAUGAAUGCGAGUCAAAUCCCUGUCAAAAUGGAGCCACCUGUCUUGACCUAGUGGGGUUGUACACCUGUGACUGUGUGCAGGGGUUUGAAGGUUCCGACUGUGAAACCAAUAUCGAUGAAUGUGAGAGUGAUCCAUGUCAAAAUGGAGGAAUUUGCCACGACUUUAUUGAUAGUUAUGGGUGCGAAUGUGAGGGCACUGGUUUUAUGGGGGACCACUGUGAGGAGGAUAUUCCAGAGUGUGCAUCUCAUCCUUGCCAACAUGGAGCUACUUGUCUAGAAGGCAUUAACCACUACAACUGUACCUGUUGGCCAGGUUUUGAAGGAGAUAACUGUGAGGUGGAUAUAGAUGAAUGUGCUGAUACUCCCUGUGAGAACAAUGGUGAAUGUUUUGAGAAGUCAAAUCCAGACCUCUGGGAAACGGACUGGGAGUUCACCUAUGCCACAGCCAUGGGUUACGUCUGUCAGUGCCAACCAGGAUACACAGGAGAGAACUGUUCAGUGAACAUAAACGAGUGUGUAUCUGAGCCCUGUCACAAUGGAGGAAGCUGUACGGAUUUGGUUAACGGAUACACGUGUCUAUGCCCAGAGGGGUUUGCAGGCGUGGAGUGUGAGGUUAACAUAGAUGAGUGUGAGAGUGCCCCCUGCCUGAAUGGAGGUGUAUGUGAAGAUGGAGUAGCUGAAUACAAGUGCCGAUGUGCAGAAGCUGAGGAAGAUCACCUGCCAUGGGGGGGUCCCCAAUGCACUGUGCAGCUGCUUGGUUGCAUUGACCAUGCCUGCCAAAAUGGUGCCACCUGCUUGCCGUGGUUAGAUGAAGAGACACAUGGACAUACUUGCCUUUGUCCUCCAGGUUUCUAUGAUGACACAUGUUCUACACCAACCACAUUUUCCUUCUCCUCACCGAGGUUCUUUCUGAUUGAGGUUCCACCACUUGAGCGCAGAAGGAGAGACACAGAACACGAGCACCCUCUGGGGGUUCGCCUGCGCUUCCGAACCACUCUGCCAGAUAUGCUGCUGUUCUUUCGUGGCAAUGCCGAGCUCUUCUUCUCCCUAGAGAUUGUUGGGGGUGAGCUGCAUGCUAAGGCAAUAUCUAAGGAGGGAGGGUCACUGGAGGCACAAUUACCAGGGCUUGUAAGUGACGGAGGUUGGCAUGAGGCAACAGUGACCAUUGAUGAACAGGAUAUCAGACUUGUGCUUCAGGUCAAAGGUCCAGGCUGUGACGAUCAAGUAUGCAGAGCUGAAGACAAGCAACCAAAUUAUCAUGAAACUUUCUUGCACCACGAGACGUUCACAAAGGUAUAUGUGGGUGGAGUACCAGAGGAGUACAUGGAGCUUACAUUGAGCAGCCAUGGCUUUUUGGGCUGUAUGGAAGACCUACAGAUUGAUGGCCAUCCUGUCCUGCCCCAUGAUCUGGAUGACAAGGACGAAAGUGUAGAGUUAGGCUGUAUAAAGACAGAAUGGUGCGAGGUGGACCCAGAUCCUUGCUCUCAACAAGGGCACUGUGUUGACCUCUGGACGAGCUACCGCUGUGACUGUUAUAGACCACACUAUGGACAUGACUGCAGCCAAGAUUUUCCCUCUUGGACAUUUGGUCAUGAGAAUUCUACAAGUUUUCUUCCACUUGAACUGCUGUCUGAUAUUGGCAGGAACUUUAGUGUCUCAUUCUUCCUUCGAUCACUUAAAACAAGUGGAUUAUUAUUUCAACUACGAAGAGCAGGCCUUCAGGAGACCGAGGAAGAUGAUCCUUAUUUUACCAUGUACUUGGAAAUGGGACGAGUACAUGUGACCUCUGUAGCGGAGUCACCCACCCUUUCAUCACCAGUGUUUGUCUGUAAUGGAGAGAAGCCAAUGCUUCAGUUGGACAUACAGGAGGGUCAGGUAUUCUUUAGCCACGGAGGAUUGCGCUAUAGGCUUGGCUCACUGCCUGACAUGGAAGUUCUGAAGGGAGACCUGGUGUAUGUUGGUGGAGUUCCAGGUGAAGAGGGUGCAACGGAUUGGGGUGGGCAAUUUAAGGGAUGCCUGCAGGACCUGAGACUAGACGAUGUGCAUCUGGAAGUGGAAGCCUGGAAUAGUACCCUCAGUGAAACUAUGUAUUUCUCCAGUGAUGCAGAAAAUGUGCUACCUGGAUGCAUAAGUGAUGACACAUGCAAGGUGGAGCCUUGCUUGAAUGGUGGAGAGUGUACAGUCACAUGGAAUGACUUUACUUGUUCCUGUCCACGGGAUUUCACUGGAAAGACAUGUGAAACCAGAGUUUGGUGUGUCAGCGACCCUUGCGUAAAUGGUGGACACUGCAUGGAUCUGUUGGAUGGUUUUGAGUGCAUUGCUAAUGCAACCUUUGACAACACACCCUUACACUACAGUGCUAAGGGAUCUGUAGUUGACCCAGUGACAAAUGUUACCAUGGAGCUCCGUACAAGGCAGGAAAAUGGUGUGCUACUUCGUGCAUGGAGAGGGGUGGAACUUCUACUGGUUGGUCUGUUGGAUUCAGCCAUUUAUGUGGAGCUUCAUACAGAGAACAGUGUGGAGCCAGUAAAAUUCUCUGGACAGAGGCACAUUGCAGAUGGAAACUGGCAUCGCCUGCUUGUUGCCAUGGCCAACCCAGAGCAUGAUGCAUCACAGUGGUUGGUUUUGGUGGAUGGGAUCAUUGAUGGUAGCAGUGCCCCAAUGCUUGCUGGCAGUUUAAGUUUUCUUAAAGACUUGUCAAGUGAAGUUGCACUGGCAGAGACGUACACAGGAUGUCUAGGUGCCGUCAGAGUAGGUGAGGUGUAUCUUCCAUUUGUAGACAAUGCCAAAUCACCCCAAAAAUCUCGAUUUUGGCGGAGACAAGAUGAGCGUGUGCGCAUAGGGUGCUCCGGGGCUCCAGUGUGCCACUCUCAUCCUUGCAGGCGUGGUGGUACAUGUGUGGAUCUCUUCAAUUCAUUUGGCUGCCAGUGCUCACCCGGCUGGGAAGGGAUCACCUGCGAGAAAGAAACAGACGAGUGUGUCUCAGGACCCUGUCUCCAUGGCAAAUGCAAGGACAAGUUUAAUGGGUUUGACUGCUUGUGUCACCCAGGAUAUGCUGGACCUACAUGUUCGGAAAACAUAGAUGACUGCAAAGGAUCGAAGUGUAAGAAUGGGGGAACCUGUGUGGAUGGAGUUAAUGACUACACCUGUAUCUGUCCCCCUAAGUACAGUGGAACACGUUGUCAGUAUAACUACCCUCCUCUUAAAUGUGACCUGGAUUUUGAAUGUGAAAAUGAUGGCAUUUGUCACGACACUCAGUGGGGGGCAAACUGCUCCUGCCUUCCAGGAUUCAUAGGAGACAGAUGUGAGAGAGAAAUGGAUGAGUGUGCAUCUAGCCCAUGUCUAAACGGUGGAUCGUGUCUGGAUCGGCUGAACCGGUUUCAAUGUUUGUGUCCAGCAGGAUUCAGUGGGCAGUUCUGUGAAACAAAUAAGCAGGCUCAGCAAGAUCAUAUACCGUGGCUGGCGAUUGCGGUUCCAUUGGUGUGUGGCUGUAUCCUCUUGGUGGCUAUUGGUCUCAUUUUCAUGUUGAUGACAGCACGCAGGAAGCGGCAAUCAGAAGGAACUUAUUCCCCAAGUCAUCAGGAAGUAGCAGGUGCACGCUUGGAGAUGGAUAGCAUGCUGAAAGUACCACCUGAAGAGCGUCUAAUUUGAGACAUGUUGACAAGGUGACAAAAGCAGAUGUAGACAAGGGAGCUCUAAUAUUAUCGAAUGACUUUAUAAAAGUUAACAACCUUUCCAAGACCAUGUAUUAUUACGGAGCUACAAUAAGUGCUACAGCAAACAAGCCCAAAGAUUAACUGUAAUACAAAUUUUAAAAUUACAUUUUAUAUUAGAAGUCAUUAAAUAUGGUUGAUCUUUCACCAUAGAUUUUGCCGAAACCAACAACUCUGGAAUUUAACCAGCAACUCUCUCAAGUCUAGUUGAACUUGAACAUUGGGAUUCUUUAUCUCGCAGCAUUACAUGCCUGAACGACUUUGACAAAGCGUCAUACAGUAAAGAGGCAAAAAUAUGAGUUUACAUUCUCCCCACACUUCCACAGCAUUUAAAAUAUUUAAGAAAUCCCUAGAUAAACAACUGAAAGUAGUGCUAAUGAUGGAGAAAGCACCAUUUUGAAAGGUUUUUUUUUCCCACAGCAUUUGAAUGUACAAGGUGUGAUUUCUGUAGCAAGACCAUUGUGCUAACUAGCUACUAUUUCUGCUGUAGGCAACACUGGAUAUGAUAAUUGACACUAAAGAAUGUGGUUUCAUAUUCAUGCCAAUGUGAAUAAUUAGCUAUAUAUUAGCAUUUACAUGGGAGGGGAACAACAAAAUAGUUAAGCCGCAUUUCCACAGCAGGAACUUUCCCCAGGAACUAGGAACUUUGGGGUGGUACUCUUGAGUGUUUACACCGCAGGAACCAGGGUCGAAAUGAAGUUCCAGGUAAAUUAUGGCUUGUAAUUAUGGUCAUUCCAACAUAACUGUGAAUGCAGCAUAAUCUGAUUGAGACCGUUAUUGGAAAAACUGUGAAAAUUUUACUGUUUGACAAUCACUGCACUUCACAUUUUUUAUGGGGUGGGGGGUGGGGGUGAUUAUACAUAUAACAGUGUGAGACUACUAAAGAUACAAACACCAAACUCAAUGUUUAUACACACUUACCUCUGGAAUACACAUGCAAACAUGAACGCCAUGGGUGGUAAAAUAAACGUCUGCCUGUGUAUGAAGAUAAAAACAGAGAUGAGAUGAGAUGAACAUAAGAACAAACCCUUGCUGAUGCCUAAAUGCUGUAAAAACUGAGUGAAUGCAAGUUGCAUUCAUUUUAUAAGUUGUAUAUGUUGUAAAUUGUGGCUAUAAUUUGUGUUUUCUGGUCUGUUGUAUAUCAAUCUUUCUUCAUUUAAAUGUAUGCUUAGGAAUUACUAAAACUAAAAAGUACAGUGUGAACUGCAACAUCAACAUAGGAAUAUAUUUUUGAAUGUGUAAAUGUGCAAAAACUGUUUAAUAAAGGUGUUUGUGUUUAAACGUGUAAAUGGAGUAAAGGUUGGAUACAUGAUUA